GAAUAAUUAAGAAUUGUAUACAAGUUCCGUUUCUUGACUUUUGAUUGAAUGGUUUUUCUGUUUCUGAAUUUUGAUUUGUAAACACAGAGAUCCCUUCUUCAAAACCCCAACACAGAGAGGGAAUUGAUGCAGUUGUUGUGCUGAGCAUAGGCACUCAUGUGCAACUGCGUGUGCAAUUGCAAUUGCAAUGCAGAAAUCACGUGAAGCUCUUCUCCAAAGAAGAACAACGACAAAAACAUCAACCAACGCUAAAACUGUCCCUGGGUGUGCUGUUUCCCUCUCUCUGCUUUUUCUUUUGUGGACUCUAAUCUUCCUCUUAAGCUUAUGGAUCAGUCGCGGUCAUGGUUACACCCCGAAUCCCUCAGAAUACUCAGUUCCUUUACCGAAUUGGGAGGAAGAUAAGCUUGGACAGUGUAAGAGCUCUGAUUCUGCUAUGAGCGAUUUGGUCGAAGAAACUAUUACUUACAUUCCCCCUGAAGCUUUACACUCUGAAGAUGCCCAGACCAAUGAUUUUGUUCCCGAGUCACUCCCCAACGAAGAAACGCGUGAUUAUGCUGAACCUGGUGCUUGUAAUAAUCAAGAUUGUGACACUCCCAUUAUUGAGGUACACGAAGUUGAGAGUUGGAAUUCUUCGGCCAGACUCGAAGAUCAUGUGCAAAAAUCUGAUCAUUUAUCUUGGGCUGUGCCUCUUGGCCUUGAUGAAUUUAAGAGUAGAGCAAUUAGUUCAAAAAUUAAACCUGGCACUGGUUCAUCUGGAAGUGUAAUGCAUAGAGUGGAGCCUGGUGGUGAAGAAUACAAUUAUGCUUCAGCCUCAAAGGGAGCAAAAGUUUUAGGUUCUAACAAAGAAUCCAAAGGUGCCUCUAAUAUCUUAAGCAGAGACAAAGAUAAGUAUCUUCGGAAUCCAUGUUCUGUUGAAGAGAAAUUUGUCAUCAUAGAACUUUCCGAAGAAACCUUAGUAGAUACAAUAGAAAUAUCUAAUUUUGAGCAUCAUUCUUCAAAUUUAAAAGCUUUUGAACUUCUUGGCAGUAUGAGCUUUCCAACAGAUGUUUGGCUUUUCCUUGGGAAUUUCACUGCCUCAAAUGUGAGGCAUGCUCAAAGGUUUGUUCUUCAGGAGCCAAAAUGGGUGAGAUAUUUAAAGCUGAAUCUUCAAAGUCACUAUGGUUCUGAAUUUUAUUGCACGCUAAGUGUAGUUGAAGUUUAUGGUGUGGAUGCUGUUGAGAGGAUGCUGGAUGAUUUGAUAAAUACUCAAGAUAAUAUGCUCGCUCCUGGGGAUGGUAAUACUGACAAAAGGGCAGUAUCGCCCCAGCAGCAUCCUCAUCCUUCGGAGAGUGAAGAUGUUCAUCAAAAUACUUUUAGAGGGAUUAAUUUUGAUCAUGCUUCAGAUAUCUCUUCUUCUAAUCAUGAGAGACUAAACACCAUCAUUCCUGAUCCAGUUGAAGAAACCCGUCAACAAGUUGGCAGGAUGCCUGGAGAUACUGUUCUCAAGAUUCUGAUGCAGAAAGUUCGAACUCUAGACUUAAAUUUGUUUGUUUUGGAGCAGUAUAUGGAAGACUUAAAUUCCAGAUAUGUCAAUAUUUUCAAGGAGUACAGCAAAGACAUGGGACUAAAAGAUAUACAUAUACAGAAGAUCAAAGAAGACAUUAAGAAUCUCAUUGACCAGCAGGAUUCUAUAACAAAAGAUGCUCGUGAUCUCAAAUUCUGGAAGUCUCAUAUUUCCAUGCAGUUGGAUAAUCUAGUCAGAGACAAUGCUGCUUUGAGGUCCGAGGUGGAUGAAGUCCAGAGGAAGCAAGCAUCUUUAGAAAACAAGAGUGCGGCAGUGUUUUUGGUGUGUUGUAUUUUUUCAUUGCUAGUUAUAUUUCGUCUUUCUCUAGAUAUGGCUACUACUGUCUAUAGAGUUCUAAGUGUUAAUAGAACAGAUUACUCUGGGAAAUUUUUUGCCGUUAGCUCUUCUUGGUUUCUCCUAUUAUUGAAUUGUAUCAUUAUUAUUUUUAUAUUAGUUUUGUGAUAGUCCAUAUUUUAAAUGUGUAGUUAACUUGUGCGAGAUGCUUUUGGUGA